CCUACUCUUCACCACAGAAUUCAUUCUAUGUAGUCCAUAGUAGUAGUAAACUGUGUGUGGCGGUGGUAGUUGUGUUGGUCACACGGCUCGUAUCGCACUCUCGUGUGCUCUUCCCCUUCAAUAUCAGAAACGACAAGCCGCGGUUGCAAGCCGUUCGCUGCCUUGCUGAUCAUCAUUCGAGUUCCUACCAGUCUGUUGACUGGUCACGCGAAUACUUGAUCAAAAGCUCAUGCUAUCAUCCUUAUUUCUUAUAUAAUCUCUCUUACUAUCUUGCUAAAAGUUUCGUGCUUUAGCUUUCUAGAACUCUAUUUUCAUUCAACGAAAAAAAAACUGAAAAUAUUUCCAAUUCGUUGGAUAUUAUUAAGAAAAUAAUUGAUCAAAAGUUUGAAUGAUUCAUCUGGACACUUGAAUCAUAGUUUUACCAAUAUAUUUCAGUGAAAAUACAUGUAAUUAAACAGUCAAUACCUCGGCUGGAAGUUGUUGAGUGACAGAAAAACAAUGUGAACAAUUGAGUUGGUUGAAUUGAUCAGAGAACAAUUGUGAACACUGGAGAAGUUGAUGAAGAAAAUCAACCUAUGAAUGAAUGAAUAAAUAAAAAGUGAAAUUUAUGGAUUGAGUGAAUAGUUGGUGACGAGCUUUACAACGAAAGUGACAGCAAGUGGUCGUAAGACACGUGUAGGCAACCCACGUGGUGGCGCAUACCACAUUAAGUUUAUUAUAACUGGAAUUAUCUUCAACCAACGAUAAUUGCCUGAUUGAUAAUAAGAUAUUCAACAUCAAGUUCUCUUGGAGACAUGAAGUUUAAGACAUUGAUUGUUGAUGGUUGAAUGCUAGAGCAACCUAAAGUGAACAAACCAAUCAGACAAAUAUAAAGUAAACAGUGAACUUUGGAAUUCUUAUUUACCAUUAAAAAAAUAAUUUUCAUCGUAACUAUUGAAACUUGGAUUGGACGCGAUGCUUAGUGGCUUGAGCAUAAUCGCGAAAAUUUCACGAACGGUGCAAAAGUGUUACUCAGUGAGUCCAAGGUCCGCGAGGACCUGCUAAAAUGACUGCGCGUCUACACACGUUGAGGCAUCAGGAGAAAAAAUCCACGGGCAGUGGACACAGACAUCAUACCCAACAGCCGCAGCAUCAGCAGAUCGUACCACAAGUCCCGAGCCCGGCCCCGAGCCCCAGCUCCAGUCCUAGCCCAAACCCUAAGCACUCGGACGGACGUCGAGCCAAUAAACCACUGAUGGAGAAGCGAAGACGUGCAAGAAUAAAUCAAUCACUGGCUGCGCUUAAGGCGCUAAUUCUCGAUAGCGCUAGACUAGAAAAUACGAAGCACAGCAAGCUUGAAAAAGCUGAUAUACUAGAAUUGACUGUAAGACACCUCCAACGACAGAGAACCUUAGCACAGCCUGGUCUUUCAAGGUACAAAGCUGGUUAUCAAGACUGUUCUCGAGAGGUAAGUCGUUAUCUGGAUGCUCCAGAUAUAAUAACAGGCAAUACGACACCGAUGGAUCCAGCCGUUAAGCAACGGCUGCUACGUCAUCUUGACAGUUGUGUCUCAGAAUUAGAUUUAGAUCUUGGUUCACGGCCAGACAGUGGUUUGGGAAGCAGUCCGGGUAGUGUAACAGAUCGUGUUCCCGGCGCUUCCAGUCCAGGUGCUCUUGAUCACCACUCGACACCUAUACCGCAUUGCAGCGGUACAUCACUCAAUUCUAACUUAAUUAAAUCUGAAAUUCCGGAUAUCAUGGAAGCAACUACGCCAAUGACGCGACCAGACAGCAGUACAACAACUGGAGAUGAAAAUAAUAAUAGCAGUCGACCAACAUCAGCUUUCAGUCAGGUUAAUCCAGCGACUUUAGAUCCCCAUCAUCCAGGUGGAUUGCCAUUAGAUCAAGCAUCAACUUCUGGACAGAAUCCUAAUAUGCUUUCUGUCGUCCAAGUAAUACCGUCCAGACUACCCGACGGCCAAGUUGUUUUUUUACUUCCCAGCCAUUAUGUUCAACUGGCAGCCGCUGCUGCAGCUAAUGGCAUUAGUAUUGGACCUAAUCCACCUACAGCUAUUUGGGCUGCUACUAAUAUGUCUCUUUUAAAAGCUACUGAUAAGCUUGUCAAACGACCUCAUCAAGAUAUUCCACCAUCCGAGUGGACCUCCGAUGGCCCUAAACCCACAAAGAGUCUAAGAAUUGAUCAACCAGAACAGCCACUUGACUUUACAACAUCCAAAAAAAUCAAAGGAUUCAAAUCUCAUGAAAAUGAACAGCUUAAUGCUCAGCAAAUUCAAAAUAAUGUACUUGCUGGAGAACGAUCGUCUACUCAUUCAGUGGAUUGUCCUGAAGAAAUGGUUACCAUCAUCCCUCCCUCGUCAGCAUCGACGAUUUCUCAUCAGCAACCGGUUAAAGAUGAAGAGGGAAUGUGGAGACCUUGGUAAAAAUAAGAAAAAAAAACGAUUGGACGUAUAAAAGAUAAAAAUACAAAAAUGAGUGUUUUCUUUACUUGCUGACAAAGUGACGAUUCUUCUAUAUGUCGAUGUAUAUUAUGUAUGUAUUUAAUUGAUAGACAAACAGAGGAAUAAUCUAAAUGCCUAAAAAAGCGCCAUAUUAUUGUAUAUAAUAAAAUCGAAAAAAUAUUUACCUUGC